AUGGAAUGCACAUGGGACCGAUCGGCUCAAACCCAGUCGCCUGGAAUAUUGACAUGGCGGGAUGGAUCCGUCAUCCACGAAUGGACGUGCACAUCCCGCAUCGCCCAUCGCCAUCGCCCGUCGCAAACGGUGCCGCUCCCAGCUUGUUCCCAGCCCGGAUAUGCUAUGGCCGCUACCAGCUCCGCACGCGGUAGCCAUGCUAUGCCAGGCCCUGCUGAUGGUGCCCACCUUCACCACCACCUGCCCUACAGUGCCUCCCACCAAAGGGCAGUCCGUCCACUGCUGUUCUCUCUUCAUUUACAGAUACACAACGGAAUUCGAUGCUGGCUCUGUCACUCUGGCCGCCGUCCAACCGGGAUGACAAGAAACGCCGUCCUCUUCCGUCUCGUCCCCGGGACCGGGGGCAAGCCCUGUUGGCUGGUGGCCCUGUUCUCCUACGACUACGGCAGCAUCAGGCCUCGGUCAUUGUUGAUACCGCUGGAAUUCUCGGCCGGCCCCUUGACCGCUGUGCCUAGAAUGGCAUCCCAAGUUCCUCAACCGGGUUGCCAAGGUUCUUCGACAAAAGUACGACGGCCUACAGAUACCUGUCCUGGUACUGGCGAUCAUGGCAUGGCUGCGAACAACCCCGACAUUGAAGUCUGCCAUGGCAUCGACGGCAUGGCAUGGUGCGGCCCUGGCACUGUUGUUUCUUCAGAGCACAGUCGUCAUUUCAACCGUUUACCGAUAGCGUCACACGCUCAAGUACGCAUACGCACAUUGCGAUAUGGCCAUUGCGGCUGGCGCUGUCAUCCUGCUGUACUCAAUGCAGCAUUAAUCCUCAUGAUGCGCAGCUCUAUGGUCCGCUUUGAGCGUGCUAGAAGGGAGAAGAAUGCCACUGCCAAAGAUCUUCAUAACGGCGAACAGCAACACAAGACUGUGAAAUUGCAGGGCACAAAUUGGAAGGGGCAGAGUAAGGUACGGACCCGGAGCCCUGUAUGA